UAAUGGACACUACUUAAUUAAAAACUAAAGUUCUACUUGAUUAUGCUAAGAAAAACAAAUAAUUAUUGCAUGAAUGGUCAGAAAAGACUGUUUAGGCAUUCUUAGAAUAAAGUAGAAAAUUUACAGAAGAAAUGUAUUAAGGAAAUUUAUCAAUGGUUGAUGAUGGAUAUAAUGAUACAUAAGAAUAAUUAUAGAUACUUGAGAACUUAUUUAAAAGUAUAUAAAUUAAAAUGAAAAUUAGAUUUUACAAAAACAAAGGGUGAUAUACAACACAAAUUGAGAAUUUCAUAUUCUAUAGCCAGAAGAUUAUAUAUGGAAAAUUUAUCAAAAAGAGUCUUUUAGACAUUAAGACAAUAGGUGAAAUACUAAAUUUAUAUUCGUAGAAUGAAGAUAUAUGCAUCUACUUACUCUAAGUAAUAAUAAAUAAUAAUAGUUUAGAUUGAGAAUACCUAGAUAAGUAUUUAGUAAAUGGAGAAAAUUAGCUCAUAAUCAAACAAGAUAAACAAUUUUACAUUAAGUUAAUAGAAAAACUGAUAAUGAAAUAAUGUAAAUGUAAAAGGAAUAUGAAUAAUUAAUUGGAUAAUUAGAAAAUGUAUUGGAGAAGAAAUUGAUUGAAUUAAAAGUAGAAGAAGAACAACACAAAGAAUUAGUGUUAAGAUAUGAUGGAAUUGUUGAAAAACGUACAGCUAUUAAACAUUGA